CGCGAGGCCGACGCAUUUCAUCAUCUACCACAGCAGGCCAAGCCGAUCGAUCGAUUCACCGACCGACCGUUCGAUAGUUUUUUCUUCGGCGGGUCCACCGGAACACGGUUUUUGCCUCUCUCGGCACACACCACUGCCAUGCACAAUUCAAGCCUUCCGUUCUUGUUCGUCACGGCGGCGCUGGGUCGGUUUUCGGGCGUGGCAUCCCUCUCCCCCGGAAGGAACUCGGCGUUCCGGUCCGUCGCACCGACCCUGCGGGGGAAUCCCCGCCGGGCCUUCCACGGGACCACCCUGUGCCGGCUGAACCGCUUUCUCUUCGGCCCGACCGAGGUGGCGACCACCACCGAAGACACGGACGCCGAAGAGCGCGUCGUCGUCGUUCUCCCGAAAGACGACUACCGGACGGUGCACGCCGCCAAGACCCUGGGCCUGAAAAACGGCGACCUCGUCCGCGCCGGAAUCGUCGGGGGCGGAAGCACCGGCGAUGCCGGGUCCGACGGUCCCGGCCAGUGGACGGACGAGGCCACCGUCGAGUGGAUCCCCGAGCCGCCCGUGAAAAAGGCGGAGGUGCUGAAGAACGGGAACCCACCGGGAUCCCUGGCAAUCACGCUCAACAACCUCCGGUCGAUCGACGAGGACCCCGGCCGGUCCUCGGCGGCCUCCGACCCGAUCCGCGUGAGCCUCCUGCUGGCGCUCCCGAGGCCCCUGCAGAUCGGCCGGAUCCUCCCCAUGAUCUCGCAGAUCGGGGUGGACCACCUGGUGCUGACGUCGGCGGCCAAGGUCCCGAAGGACUACUUCGGGUCCCACCUGUUUCGCAAGCCGGAGGUCCUGCAGGAAAAACUGAUCGAGGGCCUGUGCCAGGCGGGAGACGUGCGCCUGCCAAAGCUCCGCGUGGUCCGGAACCUUUCGGGCUUUCUCCGGUCGGACGAGUUCGAGGAGCUCUUUCCGAGGGACUCCUGCGCCCGGGUUCUGGCGCACCCGAAGCGGCACGACGACCCCGAAGAGCCCCUCCGGAUGGGGGAGGUCCGCUUUCCAUCCGGGUCGCCCCCCCGCAUUUUGGUGGCCGUCGGCCCCGAGGGCGGCUGGGAAGAACCGGGGGAACUCGACCUGUUCAGGAACGAGUGCGGCUUCCAGCAAAUCACCCUCGGGUCCAGAACGCUGCGCUCCGACGUGGCCGUAGCGGGGCUGCUGAGCCUGGCACACGAGGCGUGCCACGCGAACGAACACAGGGACAAGGAUGGCGGUAGCGAUAGCGCAUAGCACGAGAAAUCGAUGGAGGUGGCUCGCAAUGGCGAUCGCUCACACGGGGAUGGAGGCGAGGAACACAACGUUUGU